UCCUUUAAACCCAUUACGCGAAAGCCUCUUUGUCGUGUCGGAGCUGAUAACUCCCGGAGCUGCUGACACAAGUAACUGCUCGAGGUGAUACAUAUGUGUCUACUAGACCCGUCAAAACCCUCGCCUAAUGUCACCAUCUAUACCAUGCUGAUGAGUUAUAUAUAUCUAUUUCGUAUGCUAGCUCGUUGAAAAGACUCUUCAAAUCCCCAAGAUGCGGACGUACGCCAUCCUAGGAGCCACUGGAGCAACGGGAAGCAGCAUCCUCCAAAUACUCCUCGAAAAUCAAGCCUCUACAAACUCCAUAAUCUUGCACGUCUAUUGCCGUUCCCGGGCGAAACUCUUGCGCCAGUUUCCCUCGAUUUCAUCACGACCAGAUGUCCAGAUCUUCGAGGGCAGCAUCAAUGACAAUGACCUUAUGGCUGCCUGUCUCACAGGGGCUGAUGCUGUGUUCUCCUGCGUCGCAGAAAACGAGAAUAUACCCGGCAUGCGAACUGCAAGAGACACCUGCAUGGCGAUAAUCACUGUCUUGAAACAACAGGCCAAUGGAUUCCAGAAUCCGAGCCCAUUCCGAGCACCUCAUGUCGUAGUACUAUCUGCCGCUCCAGUGAAUCCUGUGCAGACCGCAAAGAUGCCAGUAAUAGUAAGAUGGCUAGUGAUAAGGGCAUUCUCAAAUGUCUACGCUGAUCUCCGCGUCACUGAACAGAUGUAUCGGAAUGAGAAAGGAUGGCUUCCCGCGACCUUCGUGCAACCUCCGGGUCUUACACCCGGUCCGAUCCAGGGCCACCAUAUACACCAUUGCGAAAGUUCUGAAACACCUGCAUUCUUGUCCUAUCUAGAUCUGGCCGCCGCGAUGAUUGAGGUCGCCGAUCGUGGUCCUGACGAGAAUUAUGACUGGGUUGCGGUAACAAGCUUGUCGAAAAAAGGUUUAAAGCCGGAUCUGAAAGUCCUGCUUCCGCUUCAGCUCAAAGGGUUGCUGGCGCAUUAUUUUCCUAGGUUAUGGCAGAGUCUUCAUACACACCGCUGGAUAUAAGUUUCUUCUGCAACUUUUUGAAGAAUAGAGGCGGGUUUGGAUGUUAGCACAGAGAUAUGCCAGACUCGUCACAUGGUGUUCUUAAGAAGUCGUUCAGGGCAAUAUUGAUUGGAUAUAAGCUUCUAGUAUACUAUAUAAACGCUGGAC